UCUUCACCGCCUCUCAAAUAAGCAUCAUCAACCAUAGCGCCUUGGCUUUUCUCUUGAGUUCAAAAUAAAUAGCGGGGUUUAGGGUUUCUCUCUCUGUUUCUCUGUUUUGUGCUUCAAUUCAAUCUAGAGAGAGAGAGAAUGGCGAACCCGAGGUGCUUCAUGGAUAUAAGCAUUGGAGGAGAGGUGGAAGGGAGGAUAGUGGUGGAGCUCUACAAAGAUGUUGUGCCCAAAACCGCCGAGAACUUCAGGGCUCUCUGUACCGGCGAGAAGGGCAUUGGCCCUAACACCGGUGUUCCCCUCCAUUUCAAGGGAUCAUGUUUUCAUCGCAUCAUUAAAGGCUUUAUGAUACAAGGUGGAGACAUAUCUGCUGGGGAUGGCACUGGUGGUGAAUCCAUCUAUGGCUUGAAAUUUGAAGAUGAAAAUUUUGAGUUGAAGCAUGAAAGAAAAGGAAUGUUGUCAAUGGCUAAUACAAGUCCUAAUACCAAUGGAUCUCAAUUUUUUAUAUCUACCACUCGAACUUCUCAUCUAGAUGGAAAGCAUGUUGUUUUUGGCAAGGUAAUCAAAGGGAUGGGGCUGGUUCGUUCAAUUGAGCAUAUUAAUGCUGGCGACAAUGAUUAUCCCACUCUUGAUGUGAUAAUUGUGGAUUGUGGAGAAAUUCUUGAGGGAGCAGAUGAUGGGGUAUGUAACUUUUUUAAAGAUGGCGAUGCUUACCCUGAUUGGCCAAUUGACCUUGAUGUGAAACCAGAUGAAAUUUCCUGGUGGAUGACCGCUGUAGACUCAAUCAAAGCUUUUGGAAAUGAACAGUAUAAGAAACAAGACUAUAAAAUGGCUCUUAGGAAGUAUUGUAAGGCUCUGCGCUACUUGGAUGUAUGCUGGGAGAAGGAAGACAUUGAUGAAGAGAAAAGCUCAUCCUUGAGGAAGACAAAGUCUCAGAUAUUUACAAAUAGCUCUGCCUGCAAAUUGAAAUUAGGAGAUUUGAAAGGAGCAUUGUUGGACACAGAGUUGGCAAUGCGUGACGGAGAAGAUAAUGUGAAAGCUUUAUUCCGCCAAGGCCAGGCAUUCAUGGCACUUAAUGAUGUAGAUGGUGCGGUUGAAAGUUUCGGGAGAGCAUUGGAGUUGGAGCCAAAUGAUGGUGUUAUAAAGAAAGAGCUUGCUGCUGCAAAGAAGAAGAUUGCUGGUAGACGUGAUCAGGAGAAAAAGGCUUACUCAAGAAUGUUUCAAUAGAGUUCAGGCUGCUCUGGUAUGAAUAGUUUGAUUCUCAAUCUUCAGGUACACUUGCUAGGUCAUACGGUCUCUGGUUCAGGCUUUUAUGUACGUGCAGUCUUUGAUUGGCUUUAGGAGGCCUCAGUUUAAUUAUACAGGUUUUGUUGGAGAGCAAUGAAAGGUUUCCAGAUCUUCUUGAGAGACCCAAAGCUUGAACCAAAUUUUGUCUGAGACCUUUUUUUAUUUGUCAUGUAAAGCUAGUUGUAGCAUACUUCAUUGCAAGCUGAAAUUAUUUGUAAGAUUUGAUGACUACAUUUGAAUCAUUGAAACAAUCUUGUACAAGAAAAGUUUUGAUUUCGAACAAAAAUGGAUGGAUUCUUUUUCUUGACUAA